AUGCGAGAACAUACGCCUCGUGCGGCGCAGGCGCUGGCUGCUGAGCGCAAUGUCCCGUCGUCGUCGCCUGCAGCAUAUCAAUCAUCCUCGCCUGUGCGGCAUCAAAGCGCAGCGACGCCAGAUAUUCGAAUGGGUGACAUGAGCUCACAGGUUGAUGAUGGGGACCGAACACCGCGAGCCAAUCCGGGAAUCAGAGACUCAUCUCCCAUCAGCUAUAUCGCAAGCUCCAGUCCAGCUCGCGGUCUGGGACGAUCCGAAAUUCGUUCCGAUAUCCGUUCUGAUGCCCUCAGCACCAGCAGUAGACUGUUCGUUUCACCUAGCGGUGGCCGCCGCGGGCCUCGGCGAAGUGAUUUGCACUCCAGUGGUUUGAAUUCAACUCCCACUCGUCGUAACCGCCUGUUCGUCGGGCCCAAUGGCAUGCCUGCCGGUGAUAAUGCUCCACGAUCCGAUGCAACCUUCUCCAACAUCAAUCCUGGUACCUCCGAGGCCGAGGCCAUGGCUGGAAACUCUACCCGUGUGAUUUGGGGUACCAAUGUCUCCAUUCACGAUUCCAUGUCUGCUUUCAAAAAUUUCCUGUACAACUUUGCGACCAAAUACCGUCUCUGGGCCGAGGGAGCAUCCGAAAGCGAGGUCCGCAUUAUGGGCGAAGCGGCAGAGAAGAGGGAAUACAUUACAAUGAUGAACGAUAUGCGGCGACUAGGCCUGACGACUUUCAAUCUUGAUUGCAAGAAUUUGAAGGCCUAUCCUCUUACACAGAAGCUCUGGCAUCAGCUGCUCGCUUACCCGCAAGAGAUUGUGCCCCUGAUGGACCAAGCUGUGAAGGACGUGAUGGUGGACCUGGCGUUAAAGGAAAUGGAUGCAUUGCGGUCAGACAUGCAGCGAGGUGGCCAGUCGCGAGAUCGCCACGGCCAGUCUAUUCUUACAUCAGACGGUGUUGGUCCAACCGCCGAUGUGCCCGAUCUUGUUCAAGAAGUUGAAAGUGUCAACUAUAAGGUCUUGCCGUUCGGUUUGGAUCAAACCAUCAACAUGAGAGAUUUGGAUCCAGCUGACAUGGAUAAGCUUGUCAGUAUCAAGGGUCUCGUCAUCCGAACAACUCCUGUCAUUCCAGAUAUGAAAGAUGCUUUCUUCCGCUGCAGCGUAUGCAGUUAUGGAGUGACUGUGGAGAUUGACCGUGGUCGAAUUGCCGAACCCACUGUUUGUCUUCGUGAUUCAUGCAAGUCCAAGAACUCCAUGCAGCUGAUCCAUAAUCGCUGCAGCUUUUCCGACAAGCAAGUCAUCAAACUCCAAGAGACCCCAGACAAUGUUCCAGAUGGCCAGACGCCGCACUCAGUCUCGCUUUGCGUCUAUGACGAAUUGGUUGAUGUGUGCAAGGCUGGUGAUCGUGUCGAGGUGACCGGUAUCUUUCGCUGUAAUCCAAUGCGUGUCAGCGCUCGCCAGCGAUCACAGAAGUCACUUUUCAAGACCUAUAUCGAUGUUUUGCAUAUUCAGAAAGUCGACCGAAAGAAGAUGGGCAUUGACGUGUCCACCAUUGAGCAAGAAAUGUCCGAGCAGGCUGCUGAGGCUGACCAGGCUCGCAAGAUUUCAGCUGAGGAGGAGGAGAAGAUUCGACGCACUGCAUCACGGCCCGAUAUUUACGAGUUGCUGUCUCGAUCAUUGGCGCCUAGCAUCUACGAGGCCGACGAUGUGAAGAAAGGUAUUCUCUUGCAAAUGUUCGGUGGAACCAACAAAACAUUCCAAAAAGGUGGCAACCCGCGAUACCGUGGUGAUAUCAACAUCCUGCUUUGUGGUGACCCCUCGACGGCCAAGUCUCAGCUUCUCCGCUAUGUGCACAAAAUUGCGCCUCGUGGUGUCUACACCAGCGGCAAAGGUUCCUCAGCCGUUGGUUUGACGGCCUACGUCACCCGGGACCCGGAAACGAAGCAGAUGGUUUUGGAAUCUGGUGCUCUGGUCUUGUCCGAUGGAGGCACUUGCUGCAUCGAUGAGUUUGACAAGAUGAACGAAGCGACUCGGUCUGUUCUUCACGAAGUCAUGGAGCAGCAGACUGUGUCCAUCGCAAAGGCUGGCAUCAUCACCACUCUCAACGCCCGAACUUCCAUUUUGGCAUCCGCCAAUCCCAUUGGUAGUCGCUACAAUCCCAAGUUGCCUGUACCGCAAAACAUCGACCUGCCUCCGACUUUGCUGUCCCGUUUCGACCUGGUGUAUCUAGUUCUGGAUCGUGUGGACGAAAAUGAAGAUCGCCGUCUGGCCAAGCACUUGGUUGGCAUGUAUCUGGAAGAUACCCCAGAGAACGCCGCCUUGGAAGAGGUGCUGCCGAUCGAGUUCCUCACCGCGUACAUCACCUACGCGAAGACCCGUAUCCAUCCUGUCCUCACACCCGAAGCGGGUGCAGCGCUAUCGGAUGCUUACGUGGCUAUGCGCCAGCUUGGCGAUGACAUCCGUGCGUCGGAGCGUCGUAUCACUGCCACCACUCGUCAGUUGGAGUCUAUGAUUCGUCUCUCCGAAGCGCACGCGCGUAUGCGCCUCUCGCCUGAAGUGACUGUCGCUGAUGUUGAGGAGGCGGUACGUCUGAUCCGUUCGGCCAUCAAGCAGGCGGCUACCGACUCGCGCACUGGCUUGAUCGAUAUGGGCUUGUUGACCGAGGGCACAAGUGCUAGCGAGCGACGACUGCGAGAGGACCUCAAGCGGGCUGUGCUGGCACGGCUCGACGAUCGCGGGGGUGUGGCCGGCACCGCUGUGCGUUGGAGUGAUCUCUUCCGCGACAUGAGCGAGUCCAGCGACAUUGCGUUGGAUCAUCAUCAAUUCUCCGACGCUGUACGCUCGCUGGAAGCCGAGGGUGCGGUUCACGUGUCUGGUGAGGGCGCUCGUCGCAGCAUUCGCCGCUCUGCAACUGGUCUUGCUUGA